AUGAUCCGAGUCAAGGAUCCGGAUGCAUCACUUAAAUUCUACCAAGAAGUUCUAGGAAUGAACAAUUGGGGUACAGAAAAAGAUUCUGAUUUUCAAUAUCAUGAUGGUAAUAAAGAACCUCGUGGAUUUGGUCAUCUUGCAAUCAGUGUUGACAACAUCGAGGCUGCUUGUGCCAGGUUUGAAGAAUUAGGUGUCAAGUUUAUCAAAAAGUUAAAGGAUG